GUUGGUCUUGAGCGUUUCUCACAGAAAGCAGCCACGUGCAGCCGACUGCACGGCCUGCUGUGUUAAUGGCUGGGAUGCACAGGGCUGCAGCGCUGGCGUUCUGCUGGAUCUGCUCUUCCUUCCCACAGUGACAGCGGAACGCGGCAGAAAGCGCAGCGAGGCGGCAGAGCAGCAAGGAGCUGACGUACAGAGCGCGGGCUGUGGGGAGAAAAGCAAGAGGAGAAAGAGGGCACCGGGUGUUGGUGUUCCCCCGGACUGCCACGUGGAUCGGUUCAUUCAGUGGCAUCAAGGCUGGACCUGCUUGCAGCGGCUUUGGACACCUCGCCCACGGGAUGGAUGCAUUGCUGUACAACUCCCCAGUGGCCGGGAGAGCUUCUCCAGAUGCUCAUUGCCAACGGGGCUCCCCCGUGAGUGCGGAUCUGGGUGAUGGUGAGGUGUGCGGGCGCUUGGUGAUGUGUCUUUCUGAAUCACGGAGCUCGUGUAGCAACGAUUAGGCCCGCUGCCUUGCUUAUUUCCUUCACUGUUAAGCUUCUCUUUUGGCUUUAGACACUGCUUUAUUUUUUGGUAGCAUUUUGUACUAGGCAGUAAAAUAAGCCUAUCCCUUACGUUGGUGUCUUUGCCCUUCCCGCUGACGCCGUUGAUUGGCACCACGACAUUAGCACACGAUGGGCACGUAACUUGGACGUGGGGGACGUGACUUGAAAGGCCAGCAUCAGGAAGGUCUCCUUUGGAGAGAGACGUAGAGAUUUGGGCUUGUUGAGCGCGGAGAACAGAAGGCUCUGGGGAGGCCGCGUGGCUGCCUUUCGGAACGCGGGGCCUCAAAGAUCACCUAGUUCCAACCGCCUGCAGCGGCCAACAGCGAGCUCAGGCUCUAGGUCAGGUUGCUGAGGGUGCCACCCAGGCUGAACUGGAACACCCGUCGGGACGGGGCGUGCACAGCGUCUGUGUGUGGGCAGCCUGUGCCAGCACCUCACCACUGGGCUGUAAGCAGCCCAGUGCCCGCUGCACACCGAUGUUGGGUUGCUGUGAGCAAUGGGUGCCCGCCCGGGGCCGGGCCGCUCGGCGGGGCAGGGGGCGGCAGCGGGGCAGGCUGGGCCAGGCUGCGGGUUGGACGCGCGUGGAAGAGGAGAUCCCCUCUCCCUGCCGGUGACCUAACAGAGCUCCAGGUGACGCGGGCUGAUGUCACAAUGGGAUGCACUGCAUCACAAGGAUGUGUUUCCUGGGGCAGCGGCAGUGCCGGCACUUCCCUGCAAGGCCUGGGCGCUGCUGGAGCACUGCUCAGGGGCUCUGUCCUUCUGUGGCCAGGAGUCAGGUCAGGGGCAGCAAGGCUGCACCGGGCGACCCUCGGUGACGCGUGGAGGAGCAGGGGCACUUUGCAGAGAACUGUUGGUUGAGGAGCCAGGGAGGGCAUCCUUAGCUGCGAGCCGAGGGCUGCCGGCAAGCGACAUGGAAGGCUGCUGGACUGUGACCAUCAGCUCGGAGCUGGUCUACACGUUCCCAACGCUCCUGCAUCUCUCUGCCGAAGAGAUUGUGGCGAUCUGGGAUGCUGUGUCUGAUUACAUCCUGGAACAGAUGAAGCUGGACAAGGGAGUCCUGGUCCCGGGACUCGGGCUCUUUGCUGCGGUCCGAGAGCAAUUCCACAGCAAAGAAGUGGCGGUGUCGGUCCGAAGACCUGUCUUCCAGCUGGACAUCGGGGUGCUGUGGCUGCAGGACCUCCAGUCGCCCACCGACAUCAUCCCCGACGAUGUCAAGAUUGAGCGGCUGAACUACCGGCAGCUCUCGCGAGCCACCGGCAUCUCGCUGCACGUGGUGCAGCGCUGCGUGCGAGAGACCGUCCUCUUGUACUGUCACCUCCUGAGGAACAAGGCGCACGUCUCAUUCGCCUUCAAGAACAUCGGCGUUAUGACGUACGAGGACGACUUCCUCUGCAUGAGGUUCUUGUCCAGCUGCAUUACAACGCUGGAGAGCAAUGCCAGCCUGACUGCACUGCUCCACACUAGAAUUUGGCCGGCCCGUUCUGCUGACUUCGGGUCAGAGACUACCGCUCAUGGAAUCCAGGUGUUGCCGAGGUUUCAGCUCGCUGUGAAAAAGAGCAGAGCAGAGGCCGCCGCAGAAAGGAACGCUGCAGUGGCGCGGAAGAUGAGUAGAGGGGGCACUGCCGGCAGGCUGCUACAGAAGCGGAAGACACUUCCCCCCUCCAUGCUGCUGCAAUACCAGGCAGGCUCAAGGCAGCAAGAUGUGGCAAAGAAGCCUUCUGCCAGCGUGCUCCCGCCGUGUGCAGGCAGCUCCCACGGGAGAAAGCAAGCAGGACAGAAGGAACCAUCUACUCCUGCCCAGACCAGCACUGCACUCCCUGCGACAGAGGACUCUAAGAGAGUGCUGCAGGAGCUCCGGGAAGUGUCUGCCCUGUGGAAUGAAGCAGACCGCACGUGGCCCGUGUACCAGCAGCAGGUAGAGCAAACGCGGGCAGAAAGAGCGGCAUGGGAAGGCUGGAGUGCAGGGGAGGACCAGCCUCCACUGCAGCGGUUUGCCAGUGCGAGCGUGUGGGCUCCGCGUCCUCCAGCCCAGCCCCGGGGACAGCAAGUGAGGAGGAGGUGGAGGAAGGAUGUGGAUCCUCCGCCGGGAAGUAAAAUGGGAACAGCGACCAAGCUGGCACUGCAUGCCGACCUCCUCUCCCCGCGAGCAGCUCAGGUGCUCCAAAGGUUGGAGCCCCGCCUCCAUCAGCAAGAGGCUUUUGCUGACACCGCGGAAAGAAACCGGCAGAAGCUGGAGCUGAAGCGGCAGCUCCCCUGUGCUCGAUGCUCGUACCGCUCCAGAGGGGAAGGUGCUGGCAACAGUGGUGACGGCGCUGGAGCUGUCGGCAAGGGGGCUGGGAAGCUGUCCGGAUUUCCACCUGUGAAUGGCAAAUCGUAGAAUCAAAGACUUGUAGAAUGGCCUGGGUUGAAAAGGACC